AGAGUUUUGCAGUGGUGGGGAAGGUAUACGUCACAGGCAUAAUGGCGGAGGCUGGUUGAGAAGGAGAAUUACUCCGAGAAGCGGCAUUGAAACCAACUUCAUCGCCAGCUGACUAGGUGACUGCAGGUCCGAAAAUGGCUUGCAAUUUCAGCCAGGAGAGAAAAAUCGACAAGGAGAGCAGCAAGAUCGGCGGCCUAACAUUGGAGGAUGGCGACAGCAAGAAACAAUUGUUGUCAGCCUCUAGCACGGCCACAUCCAAGCAAAAUGGCGAUCAAGCUGAAUGUGAAGACGAGCAAAUGUCUGAACAAGAUGCCACUGAGCGGCGGAGGGCAGGGCUGUUGGACCUGAAAAAUUGCGGCGGUGCGCCCUCGACACUGCCGAGGUCGACCGAGGAGCUGCCAAGAAGGAAUUUUCAGAUUCCUAGGAAAAUCAAGGAGCGGAAAGGUCUCCUUCAGCAUUUGUCUCCAGAUUCCAGAGAGUUUGAGGAAGUUGUGAAGCUUCUGUCCUCGUUCUACCUGGACGCCACAUCCCGUGGGACUUUCACCUACACCAAAGCUUCUCUCAUUCACAACGAACUCUUGGAGAAAGAGUUCAUCGAGAAGAAAAGGGAACUGAAGCAGAAUGGCAGGACAGAGGCUGAACUCGCAGAAUCCUAUGCUUUUCUGCUACCUGAUAAGAAUAAGGCUCACUGGAUUUGCGAAAAGGGUCUUUCUGUGGGACAUUCGCGGGUCAACAAUCUGGGAAGCCCUCUCAAAGGGGUUUACCUCUCAAAAUACUCAGAUUUGUUACAAAUGAAUCCAUUUGAAGUGGGUGCUGCUGGAGACAUAAUAAUAUUUAAAGUGAUGAAGGGUAAAGUGAAGACCAUAUUUGAGAACAUGCCCAAAAAUAAUCUUGAGCCGGCCCUAAAAUAUGACAGCCAUGUGUACAAAAAUGCCAGCAAAGUGACCUCAUUAUUGUCGUAUAGGGCCUUUGAGCACACUCAGCAAUACUUAUAUGAAUUUGCUUUUGAGGAGCUAAGAUCCAGGCCGAGACAUGUGCUGCCAUAUGCAGUUGUGUCUUUUCAAUACAAAGGCAAAGAGUCGGCCACGGCCACACACAGAUUAAACAGCAUGUUAUAUGAAGGGCAAAGAGUUCGACGAAGAUAUACAGUUUGGAGUGGCUCGCUGGUGAAUAAAGGAGAGGAGGUCUAUCAAGUGUACAUCCGGUCUUCAAGACUCGCUCACCUUCCUCUUAAACUGCCAGACAAGCUUGACAUCAAUAUUGCUAUGCAUAUUGAUCAAGUGAAGAGAAAGAUCCCGCCCGUUCUGCUAUCGUGGGAGGCGUACAGUGGAUCACGAGAGGUGUUGAAGUGUGGGAUGUACUGCAGCCUGUAUGAGGUCAUGGGGAAGAGUAAACAGGAAAACAAUCUCUCGGGACUACUGCACCGGCUUGAGAGAGAAAGAAUGGUUUUGGUGAAGCCAUUGAUAGACAAAGGAUUUCUCUUCCUCCUUUCGUCCUCUCAGUUGUUCGCUACCACUGAGCGACGAGGAAGAAAUGACAGGGUUUUGCAGGCACUUUUUGUUUUUCAAGAGCAAAGAAUCAUCUCAAAAUUGAUUUUGAAGAACUCUGGAGUUGAUGAGGAUCCUCCACUAGAGCCUAAAGACCCAAUCAGCCACCAACUAGAUAAUUUUGUUCCCGCCCUGCAUCAUGGUCUCCACAAGCUGCGUGCCAAUCCACCCAAAGAGCUUGCGGUGGGGCUGAAACUUCAGGCGCUGGACUACCUCAACCAGAAGGAGCAAGGUGCUAUCCGGCCCUUUCACGUUGUAGAGUACCGGCACAGUCUGGAUGAACGGACAAGCCAACACCUGGUGCCUCGUCCUAAGAAUAUGGAUUUGGCGCUGAACUCUUACAUAUAUGGUCCGGGACAGUUCCAGCUGCCUGUGGAGGCGCUGCAGCAGGGUCUGAUGGAAAGCAAACAGGAGGCAGCAUCUCAGGCAGCAUCUCCCCCAGCAGGUGCAGAAGAGUACAGUCCUGUCUCAGACUGGGGAGGGUCAGAUAGACAGGCUUCAAGCAGCAGUACAGUUGGGGUUUCUCAGUCUAACGGUGGCGCUCAGAGGACACAGAGUGAGUAUGACAAAGAAAAGAUGGAGAAAUUGCUAAAGUUGAUUCAGUUACAUAAGCGGACUUUGAGCAAGGAGGAGGGCAGCGGGCCGGAAAGAGAGGAGGACUGGGACCCCGCUGGCCUGAAGAGGAGGUUGGAGAGGGAAGGUCCUGGAAGUGUGAGCAAGUACCUUAGGACAGGUCUACUGAAUGGAGAGCCAGGGAGAGUGGUGAUGGACAGCAUGGGGCUGUGUGACACAGACCUGCGGGAGCGCGUUUCUCAGAGUGCCACCCUCCGAGACACGCAUGCCUUGCUCAAACUCUUCCUCAGCACGCUCAACAGGAUGGCCCAGAACUCUAGCACUGCCAGCAGCCAGCCUGCAAUUCUCCCCAAAGACAUAGAGGGAUACGAGCCCACCGACUCAGCCGCCCACUGUGAUCUUGACCUGCGUGGCAGGCGUGCUGAUGCAGAGCAGGUUAACCUGGAUUGCUUGGAGGAGCAAAUGGCCUGCAGCAGGAGCAGUGUGGAUGUGUACAGUCCCUCUUCCAGUCUGGAGCAGCAGCUCUCCCGUCCAGCAGAGACCUCACAUCAGAGCCACAAUCCCUGGAGCAUAUCCACCGCAGCUUUAGAGGGUGUUUGUGAACCUUUUGUUAGUGGAGGGGAGAAGCAGGGACACUCUACGGGCAAAGUAGUAGACUCUAUCCUCGACAGUGAGUUCCAGAACCUCUGCACAGGGAUUCAGAAAAUGAUGGAGGACCAACAUAUAACCUACACCCCCCAAACUCCUUUGCCACGACCUGAGGAUCAGACCAAACGGGCAAGCUCAUUCUCACCUUUUGUUUCCAAAUAUGUCUCCUCCCUGCCUGUGCAGGGCUACGUUAACAGUCUCUGUGAAAAGAUGGAUCGUAUGAUCCGUUCUCCCAGCGUGUCUUUAGAAUCUGUGGCUGUUACGUCACCACCUGCCGCUGCCCCAGUGCCCGCCCUCUUGCCACCUACUCCACCCCCUUCUGUCAUGCCAGCUCCUGCCCAACCUACGCUGCCCUCACCUGCUGCUCAUCCUCGCACUAAAACAUCAUCUCCAGUGCCUAAGUCUCAGGCUUUGUCGAGCAAGUCACAAGCUACCCUUAAACAUCCUUCAGCCAAGCAUCGCCUUGGCACUGUCAGAGAGGUCCACCUGUUUUCAGCAGAAAAAUCAGUUGACCCCAAGGGUUCAGAUGUUGUGGAAAGUCCUAUGUGUUCCCCAUCAGCAGGAAGUGCCAGGCAUCCUCCAAUCCCUUCAGUCCCAGAGAUGCCCUCUGAGCCUACUCUUGCAGGAACCUCAAGCACUGUGGGGGCCAGUGUUAUUGGACAAAUCAAGCCCGAUGUGUUGUGCACACUGAUGGAGAUCAUGCAGAAGAAUGCAGUAAAGUUUUACAUUCAGAGAGGAGAGGAGGAGAGUGAACUCUGCACUGAGAUCAAGGAGUAUUUAAGAAGUCUUGGAAACAUUGAUUGCAACCCUCAGAAUUACCUAGAAAUUAAAAGUCAGCAAAAGUUUAUGAUCAUUAUUCAGAAUGAGGAUAUCGCAGCUCAUGUACAUAAGAUCCCAGCUUUGGUGUCUCUGAAGAAGUUGCCUACAGUUUACUUUGCUGGAGUGGACAGUCUGGAUGAUGUGAAGAAUCGCACUUACAAUGAGCUCUUCGUGUCUGGAGGCCUUAUUGUGUCGGAUGAGCUCAUACUCAACCCAGACAAUAUAACACUAGAGAAGCUACAGGCAUUUCUUAAGUUCCUGGAGGAACAGGGCUCACCCUGGAAGUGGAAGGUGCACUGUAAGACGCAGAAGAAGCUUAAAGAGCUCAGCAGGUUAAACACUGAGGCCCUGAAUCUUUUGAACCUGCUGACGACAUACCAGAAGAAACACCUGGUGGAGUUUCUGCCUUAUCAUGAGUGUGAUACUCCUUCUAGGCAGGCUCCUGAUUUGGACUGUUUGGUAAAACUGCAGGCUCAACACACACAGCUUCGACACCUCAUCUUCCUCACAGAAAGGCAUGACGACACAUUCUCACAGUUCUCCGGUAGUGGAGUGAUCAUUGCGGGUAUGAAUGACAUCAUGAACAACUUCCAGAGUUUGAUCAGUGUCCCAGAAGAAGUAGCAUUGGCUGCCCUACCUGAUCCAGUGGAGCCUGAUGCAGUUCGAGAUGAGGAGGACAUGUCUAUAGACUCUGAGGAUGACAUGCUGGUUAUCAAUGAGACUUCCAUUCAGACUGAAAAUGACCUGUCGGAACCGCAGGCACCUCAGCCCCCUCCGCCUCAGACUGAUGGAUUUCGUCCUCCCCUCCCUGACCAACCCUCUUUGGACCCCAUUAUCGAUCCACUUGUGCAUCCAAACCCUACCACCUACCCUACCCAGGGCUCUUACUUGACUGAUUAUGCAGCUCUGAAGUCUGCCAUCGCUCAAUAUAAAGCUGCCAGUCAGGACGGCACCCCUAGGCCUGAAGUAGAGGACACCCUGGCCAGUUUUGGCGUGAAUCCCCACCAGAGCUACCUGUGUCCCAACUCAGCACAGUGGAGCCCUUACUCUGGUUCCCCUGCAUACCAUAUGUCCUCGGCAUAUUCAUCUCCUGUCAGCGUGGCCUCCAGGGGAUCAGAGUACAGUCAAACUGCUGCUCCUCCUGGGACUCAACCUCCUACAAACUCCUGCACCUUACCUGUUGCCCAACCACUCACCCUUCCCCUUUCCCUCCCACAGCCGUCAGUUAGCUUGGUGGAGGUGCCUCCUACUCCAGAGUCAGCCUCCUCUCUUCAGCCACCUGGUCCUGUUCCUGACAGUAUGGGAGUGCCUGGGGCGGCAACUGCUAAUCAGCAAGGACUUGCUGGCUCUCAAACUGCUAAGAUGUGUGUAGAGACUGCUUCCUCAUCCUCCGCUUCUUCCUCGUCCACUAUUCACACCACUUUUCCCUCCUACCCAGAUGCUACGCUUUUCCCAGCCCUCACUCCAAUUCCCCCUGUUCCACCGCUUUACAGCUGGGUUCCUACACCGGGAGCCCAGCAGGGAUAUGCGGCUGGACAGAGUGGGGCAGGAUUCAGCACUCUUCCUUCCACCCAAACUGAGGCUGCUAGGCCUGCAGAUGGAUCGUGGGUGGGAGACACUGAGAGCGGAACCUCUCGUGGACAAGAGGAAGAUGAUGUCCCUGCUUCAGCAACCUCUAAAGUGGGCCAGCAGGAGGGCAGUAGAGAUAAAGGAAGUGCGCUGGGUAGUUCGACCUCAUGCAGCCAAGGCAGCAAUAUUCCAGUGGACUCUUCCUCUGAGAGUCAGGGAAGCAGUCAAGCCCCUCCUACCAGGGGUGGCACUGCAAGCCGAGGACUCUUACCCAUCCCUGGAGCCACACUGGGAGCCUUGUGCCGAGGCGGACACAACAAUAGCAUGUACAAUCCCAGAGGUGGAUCAGCUGAUAUGAUGCGUGGUGGCUUCAGGGGUCGAGGAGUACCACCACAUCCCAUGAGAUCUAGACCUGGCCGGGGUCACAUCAGAGGGGGCCCGUCCUGUAACUGGGGCUAUCCCCCUGGGAGGGGAGGGGGUGGUCGGCCAGACUACUAUUCGGACUACACAUACAACUAAAUGCCAUAGGGAUGCUAUGCUCCCUCAUAGACUACUGGCAUUAGGAAUGUACAUAUUUACCAUUAAGAGCACAUCAAAAUAUCAUCAUCUGAAAUAAUAAAAAAAAAAAAUUUAAUCUGGUUUUGUAUAAAUGAGAUUGGUGACUCAGACGGUGGCCAGAUUUCCACUGUUUUCAGUAAUGCCCUUCCUAAACAAGAUGUUUGAGAAACCUUGUUCAUACCACUAUAUUUAUAUUGCCAAGAAAUGUAAUUGCCUUUCAAUGUUUCAUUUUUGUCAAUACUUUUUGUUCGGAUUUUCAAAAAAAACUGUUUGUGAACAAGGAGCAAAAUGCAGACAAUAUUUUUUUAAAGAGAGAAAGUGAGUCGUUCUUCAUUUUAGCUGUUUUUGGUUUUUUUUACAUUCUUGGUUGUACAGAUGUUCUAUUAAAACAAGGUUGUAUCAAACAUUGUGAUAUUGUGUUCAGUAUUAACUCUUGGGAAUGGUUGUACUCUUUGUACAUGUACAUAGUUAUUUAUGAUGUUAUAUAAAAAUGGUUAAGGAUUUUCUUUUCCAAUGAGGUUAAUCAA